ACGGGGCGGGGCUUAGCUCCGCUGGAGGCGGGGCCUGCUCCACCGCUUUCCUAGGCGGCCGCUGUGCGAAGCGGGCGCGCGCGGACCCUCCACCGGCCGCGGAGCCGCUAUGGGCCCGCCAGGCCCCUGGCGCGGCGCGGCGCAAGCACCGACUCAGACCCAGGAUUGAAACUCCAAGAUGGAUGAUCAGGAUCCUGGGGGCAUUAGCCCCUUUCAGCAAAUGGUGGCCUCAGGAGCUGGGGCUGUGGUCACCUCCCUCUUCAACCUUCCUCCUUCCCCAGUGACACCCCUGGAUGUGGUGAAGGUCCGACUUCAGUCUCAGAGGCCCUCAGUAGCCAGCGAGUUGACACCUUCCAGAUUCUGGAGUCUUUUCUACACCAAAUCUCCCUCUACUCUACAGUCCCCAGGGAAGUGCCUCCUAUACUGCAAUGGUGUCCUGGAGCCAUUGUACCUGUGCCCAAAUGGUACUCGCUGUGCUACCUGGUUCCAGGAUCCUACCCGAUUCACUGGCACCUUGGAUGCCUUUGUGAAGAUUGUGAGGCAUGAGGGUACUAGGACCCUGUGGAGCGGCCUCCCAGCCACCCUGGUGAUGACUGUGCCAGCUACUGCCAUCUACUUCACUGCCUAUGACCAACUCAAGGCUUUCCUAUGUGGUCAAUCCUUGACCUCUGACCUCUACGCACCCAUGGUGGCUGGUGCCCUCGCCCGCAUGGGCACUGUGACAGUCAUCAGCCCCUUGGAGCUUGUGCGGACCAAGCUGCAGGCUCAGCACGUGUCAUAUCGGGAACUAGCUACCUGUGUUCAAGCUGCUGUGGCUCAGGGGGGCUGGCGCUCACUGUGGCUGGGCUGGGGUCCCACAGCCCUUCGAGAUGUGCCCUUCUCAGCUCUAUACUGGUUCAACUAUGAGCUGGUGAAGAGCUGGCUGAAUGGGCCAAAAGACCAGACAUCUGUGGGCGUCAGCUUUGUGGCUGGUGGCAUCUCAGGAAUGGUGGCUGCCACCCUUACUCUACCCUUUGAUGUGGUGAAGACACAGCGACAGAUCACACUGGGAGCCCUGGAAGCUAUGAGAGUGAAGCCUCCAAGAAUUGAUUCCACCUGGCUCCUGCUUCGGAGAAUCCAGGCCGAAUCGGGCACCAGGGGACUCUUUGCAGGUUUCCUCCCAAGAAUCAUCAAGGCUGCUCCGUCAUGUGCCAUCAUGAUCAGCACUUACGAGUUUGGCAAAAGUUUCUUCCAGAGGCUCAACCAGGAACAGCCUCUGGGCUCCUGAAAGGCCAGGAGCAACCAGCUCUUGAGCGGGUGGGGACAGGAGACUGAGCCAAGUGCCUUCCUUCCCAGCCCAGUCAUCCAGGCUACCCUCACAUUUUGACCACGAUCACCACUUGUCCACCUCCAAGUUCAAGACCAAAUCUGACAGCUACCCCUUUUGCUGUAUGCCCUUUAUGGUUGUUGUAGCUUGGCCCCGAGGAAUCAAGAUCUCGGGCCAGGCAGCCCUGUUUAUUCCCCCGUCUAAAGAUGAUGACCUUCUGUGCACUGCUGUGA